UUUUGGUUUCUGGUUUUUCCGCCUUAAUUUAUUAUCUCUUAUUAUUAUCUCUAAUAUCCCCAACGUCGAGUGCUGAGCCGGAGAAAUUUUUGCAAAAUGGCUGAACCAAUUCGCGUUGUUGUGACCGGAGCUGCCGGCCAAAUUGCCUACUCCUUGCUGUACAUGGUCGCCCGCGGUGAGGUGUUUGGAAAGGAUCAGCCCAUCAUCCUUCACCUUCUGGAUAUUCCUCCCAUGGUGGGAGUUCUCGAAGGUGUGGUCAUGGAGUUGGCCGAUUGUGCCCUGCCUCUGCUGGUUGAGGUGGUCCCCACUACCGACCCGGCUGUGGGAUUCAAGGACGUGUCGGCCGCUUUCCUGGUGGGUGCCAUGCCCCGCAAGGAGGGUAUGGAGCGCAAGGACUUAUUGUCCGCCAACGUGAAGAUCUUCAGGACCCAAGGCCAGGCCCUGGACAAGUUCGCCAAGAAGGAUGUUAAGGUGCUGGUUGUUGGUAACCCAGCAAACACUAACGCCCUGGUGUGCUCGUCUUAUGCUCCCUCUAUUCCCCGGGAGAACUUCUCCGCUAUGACCCGGUUGGACCAGAACCGCGCUACCUCUCAGAUCGCCGCCAAGGUGGGAGUGCCCAUCUCUGCUGUUAACAACAUCAUCAUCUGGGGCAACCACUCCUCAACCCAGUACCCCGAUGCUGGCCAAGGAAAGGUUGUGGUCAAUGGCGCCGUUAAGUCUGUGGUGGAUGCCGUCAACGACGUGUCCUACCUCCAGGGCUCCUUCGUGGAGACCGUACAGAAGCGCGGUGCCGCUGUCAUCGCUGCUCGCAAAAUGUCAUCCGCCAUGUCGGCCGCCAAGGCCGCUUGCGACCACAUGCAUGACUGGUGGAAUGGCACUUCUCCCGGACAGUUCGUGUCGAUGGGAGUGUUCUCCGAUGGCAGCUACGACUCGCCCAAGGAUGUCAUCUUCUCAUUCCCCGUCGAGAUCAAGAACAAGCAAUGGAAGAUCGUCCAGGGCCUGACCCUCAGCGAUUUCGCCAAGUCAAAGCUGAGCAUUACUGGCAAGGAGUUGCAGGAGGAGAAGAACGAGGCCCUGUCUGUUUUGGAUACGAAUGUGUCGAACCUGUAGAGCGACCUUGACCUUAAACAAGAAUUACUAACAAUUUAGUUGUGCAUUUAGGAACAAAGUUCAUGGCAAUAAAAAAUUUGUAAAUAAUAAAA